CAAAAUCAACACAAAUUGUGAAGCGGGAAAAUAAUCAAACAAUUCCCGCUUCUAUCCCCUUUUCUUCUCUCUCUCUCGCUCUCUUCACUUCUCACAGUUACAGAGAGAGAUUCCACCGCCGCAGAUCGGAAAUGUCGCCGCCGGAAUUACAACUUGAUCCAAAUCCCUUACUCCAAGAACAAUCCUGGCACCUCUUAUCACUACUACUCCAGAUCGGUCAUCCCGUCGACGCUGAUUAUCUAUCUUACCGUUGCCGAUUAUUCAACGCUUCUCCAGAUUUCAUCCGUUUCGUUGCAUCGAUUUCUGAUUCUCCUCUCUCCGUUAACAGUUACGGAUUCAUAACUCCUUCCGUUACAGCACUUCGCGCCAUCGCUAGGUUUUUCUCAUUUCAGUUCAACAAUUCAACUCCAUCGAAUUCUCGAAAACGCAAGUCAAUUUUGUCAAUUACUGAAGGUGGAAGAGAUGCAAAACGACUCGCAAUUGGUGAUAAAGUUCCGGAAUUUUUCGUCAAGAGUUUCUCUGAUACUACUGCAGAGGCUGUGAUGAGAAGUUUCUAUGCAAUGCAAUUUGAGUCUCGGAUUUUGCAUAGAGGGAAUUCUAUGAUUCCUAUACGUAUUGAUACAAUUGGAGAGUGUUCAGGUUGUUCGGAACCGAGUUUUGAAUACAGGAAAGCUGAUAAUGAUGGCAUAACAAACAUGGCCCAGGGAGAUAUUUAUGGCUUUCUGAUCAAAACCAGCGAGAGUUUUUUCAUUAGUGAAAGUGGCUUGAUGAAGCUUGACAAAGAUUUAGGUAGACUUGCGGGGAAUAAUCCCUUUGCGAAUCUUGAACCACCAACUGAUGUCCAGGAUCAAUCACUGUGUAAUGAGGGUGGUCUUGUUGGUAUUGGAUCAGAGAAGAAAAUGGAUUGCUUUGACACAUUUGGGAAUGAAUAUCCUGAACAAAACAUAAGCCCUACUGUGGAUGGUGAUGAUGUUUGUAGAAACAAUACUUGCAAAUAUCCACUACGAGAAUCUAAUGAAAUAAACGAAGAGGAAAGAGGCCCAAAGGAAGGACUAAUUAAUGAUGACAAAGAUAGAGAGAUGGAAGAUGUUGCUCAGAGGGCCAAUCCUGUAGCAUGUGGAGAAGAGCCAACGCAAGUUAUGGAAUCUAAUGAAAAAGGUAAAGAAGAGGAAAUAGGUUUAAAGGAAGGAUUGAUUAGUUAUGACAAAAAUAUAGAGAUGGAAGAUGUUGCUCAAUGGGUCAAUCCGAUAGUAUGUGGAGAAGAAGAGCCAACAAAAGUAUUGGAAUUUAAAAUUGGUACGCAUGUAUUAGAUUCGGAUAAAAACAAGAGAGCAAGAAGCAUGGUGACCCGGUCUACCAAUAAAGUAGCUCAGUCCUCUUCAAAUCCAAAGCAGGUUCUGAAAACUUCUCGCAUAUUGAAGGGAGGACUGAAAAAUGAUCAACAUUCAAUGACUCAAAUUCUAACAGAGUCACUAGCCUGUAACAAAUUUGAUAAUGUUCCAAACAAAAUUGAUCAAUGUAAAUAUGAUCAGAAUAUUAUUGGAAAAAACAAACAUAAACAAAGCCGUAAAGAAAACGUGGAAGAAGAUAAUUCCAUGACUUCCAAGGUGGAGAAAAAAACAUUUCCAUCUUUUGAAUCUUUUAUAAUAGAGGAAGAAGAAGGUUCAGGUGGUUAUGGCAUUGUUUACCGUGCCCAAAGAACAACUGAUGGAAAAAGACUUGCUAUAAAAUGUCCUCAUAUUAAUGCUCAUAAAAACCAUGUAAAUAAUGAGCGGAAUAUGCUUGAGCGUUUUGGGGGUAAAAGCUUUAUUAUAAAGUUUGAAGGUUCGUUGAAAAGUGGCAACAGUGAAUGCUUUGUUUUAGAACAUUUUGAGCAUGACAGACCUGAGGUUUUGAAAAAAGAAAUUGAUAUCAGUGAGCUACAGUGGUAUGCGUUUUGCAUGUUCAAGGCACUUGCAUGCUUGCACAGAGAGGGAGUUGUUCACCGAGAUGUCAAACCUGGAAACUUCCUUUUCUCUCGAAAGCUUAAGAAAGGCUACCUUAUUGACUUCAACCUUGCCAUGGAUUUAAAGCAGAAGUACAAUAUCGGAAGUAAAUCAAAGCCAAGUGUUGAUGCAUCCAAUAAUAUUCCUCUGCCUUCUGGUCCUUCCCAGGUGGUUCAAGACAAGAAUCUUGGAGGAACCAGGUCUCUAACAUCCAAUAAAAGGGAAUUGACAGAUCAUAGGAAAUAUUCUGAAAUUAAUAGGCAUAUGAAACCAAAGGCUAAUAAUGCUGGUCAUCUGAAAAAUUGUCCUGAUAAGGCUGUUGCGAAUUUACGUAGAGCACCAGGAGCAGAUGGCUCAGGAAUAACCUCUGCCAAAGAUAUUACUAGCACUAAGACUGCUUCUGCUGAUAGGCUCCGAGAACCGAUACCUUUCCGAGGAAGAAAGGAGCUUAUCAGCCUCGUGCAGAAUUCUAUGCAAUGUGCAAACAGUAGUUCAAUUAAAAGUCCUACUUCUCAGAGGAAAAGGGUUACUGCUCCUUCAAGCAAGGCAGAUGGCAGGACACUUCAUCUUACACCGAUGCCUAUACAUUCAUCUACUGUUGCUGUGGGAUCAUUUAGAAGCAAAGGGGAUGGAAAACAUAAAAGAGAGGGUCCUUGUGUUGGAACAAAGGGAUUUCGUGCCCCAGAGGUUUUGUUGAGGUCUCAGAUUCAGGGAACAAAGGUUGAUAUUUGGUCAGCUGGAGUCACUCUACUAUACAUGCUGAUGGGAAAAACUUCUUUCCCUGGCGAACCAGAGCAGAGUUUAAAAGAAAUUGCCAAAUUGCGGGGCAGUGAAGAGCUUUGGGAAGUGGCCAAGCUGCAUGACCGUGAAGCAUCCUUUCCAUUGGAGUUAUUUGAUGACCAGUACUUGAAAUCAUGGGACUUAGAAAAGUGGUGCAACAAACACACAAAAAGACCAGAUAUUGUUGAACAAAUCCCGAAAUCAUUGUUUGAUUUAAUAGACAAGUGUCUAACAGUAAACCCAAGGAGUAGGAUUGGUGUUGAUGAAGUUCUAAGGCAUGAGUAUUUUUCUCAUAUUAAUCGUAUCCUGAGAAAGCAAAGGAUGAUGCGACUCGGCUUAGAAGACACUGACGAUUAAUGAAUUGUAGGUUUUUUUUUUGUGCUACAAUACUGUUUUUUCCAUUCAUUGAUAGAUGUAAAUAUGGAUUACAAGUACAUUGCAGAGAAACUGGCACAUACUGUAAAAGGUGGUUAAUUUAGAACAAAACAUGUUGUAUGAAGAACUUACAGGACAACCAAUGUUGUGAAACAGUAAGUUGCAAAUUCUCUAGUAUACCAUCCCAUCCAAUCACAGAUCUCAAUGUUGAGUAGAACACUGAUGGAAAAUUAAAUAAAAUAGUAUAUAACUGAAUGUAUUGCAUGUAAGAGCAUUUCCGAA